UACGCAUUCGACUUAAACUAAUCGAAAUCGCAUUUUGUCUCUCGUUCAUUGUAUAUUAACAGCGCAUAAUUAAUUUGAAAAUCAUACACAGCUAUUUUAUUUAGUGAAGAGUGUCGUAUUUUAUACGCUUUGAAGUUCCAAUAACGCAAAUCAUUCAAUUAACUAAAGUGUACAGUAUACACAGUCAAUAUAUCUCUCAAGUGAAACUUCAGACAAUUGUAAAUAAAUAUUAAUCAUCUUUAGGCAGUGAUUUCAUUUACACUCUACUCUUGGUGCAUAAAAAGUGUUUGAAAAAAAUGCCUGAAACAUCACAGGAUGCAUUUGAAUCGAUGUUUCCGACGAAACAGCUCAUUAGCAUUGAAGAAUUAAGGAAACGAUCAAACUCAAUGAACAAAUCUAACAAACCGAUGAUAAAUGUCGACAAUACUUUGAUUGCGGCCGAGUCUAACUUUUGGCCACCGACAAAUGCUUCUGAAUUGAUCAGCGGACAACGAGGACCACGUGAAUCUCGUGUUAGUGUUGGCGAUUUUGAUAGUUGUUACACUGCACCCGAACCGUAUGGUUAUAAACGUGAAAUCAGUCAUAGAAUUUUCGUAAAUCGGUCAUUGCACAUGGAAAACAUUAAAUUCUUCGGAUUUGACAUGGAUUACACUUUGGCAGAAUACAAAUCGCCGCAAUUGGAAACGCUUGGGUUUGAUUUAGUCAAGGCACGUCUUGUGGCAAUGGGUUAUCCCAAAGAAAUCAUGCAGUUUGAAUAUGAUCCAUCAUUUCCGGUUCGCGGUCUCUGGUUCGAUACAGUUUACGGAAAUCUUUUAAAAGUUGAUGCUUACGGUAACAUUUUGGUGUGUGUUCAUGGAUUUGAAUUUUUGAAACACUCACAAGUUUAUGAAUUAUACCCAAAUAAAUUUCUGAAAUUGGACGAAUCUCGUGUUUAUGUACUGAACACAUUAUUUAAUCUACCAGAAACAUAUAUGCUAGCUUGUUUAAUAGACUUCUUCACCAAUUCACCAGAAUAUACACGUGAAAAGACAGGCGUUCGUGCUGGUGAUUUGUCCAUGUCAUUUAAGUCAAUAUUUCAAGAUGUUCGGAGUGCCAUGGACCACGUACAUUUGCAUGGAGAUUUGCAAAACGCAACUGUCGCGAAUUUAGAUAAGUACGUGAAAAAGGACCCACGACUGCCAAUGGUGCUAUCGCGUAUCCGCGAAUCGGGUGCAAAGUGCUUCUUACUUACGAACAGCGCAUUUAAUUUCACAAAUAAGAUUAUGACAUAUUUGUUUGAUUUUCCACACGGUGCAAAGUCAGAAAAUGAUCCACAUCGUCCGUGGACAACAUAUUUCGAUAUUAUCGUUGUUGAUGCUAAGAAACCUUUGUUUUUCGGUGAAGGAACAAUUCUGCGACAGGUCGAUACUACAACGGGAGCUUUGAAAGUUGGAACGCACAUGGGUGGCUUCAAGCCGGGCCAAGUGUAUUCUGGUGGUUCGUGUGACGUCUUCACAUCAUUGUUGGGUGCCAAGGGAAAGGAUGUAUUAUAUGUGGGCGAUCACAUUUUCGGCGAUAUUUUAAAGAGUAAAAAAAUCAGAGGCUGGCGUACCUUCCUAAUUGUCCCCGAAUUGGUACAAGAAUUACAUGUGUGGACAGAUAAAUGUCAAUUUUUCGCCGAGCUUCAGAAUUUGGAUGUCAUUUUGGGUGAUAUGUACAAGAAUUUGGAUUCGAGUACGUAUGAAAAACCGGACAUCUCAAAAGUUCGUGCUUCAAUCAGGGAUGUUACCCACAAAAUGGAUUUGUCAUACGGAAUGAUGGGUUCUUUGUUCCGGUCUGGUUCACGCCAAACAUUCUUCUCCAGUCAGGUUGUGCGAUAUGCUGAUUUGUAUGCUGCAACGUUCUUGAAUCUUAUUUACUACCCAUUUUCGUACAUGUUCCGUGCUCCUGCUAUGCUUUUACCACAUGAAUCCACUGUAGCACAUGAGCAACGUUUUAUAAUGGAUGAACCAAUGAUUUCCCGUAGUCGGCUUCGUCAAGAACCAACGGUGGAUGAAACUGCACAACUAUCAAACGAUGAAAUCUUACAAAUAACACAAGAGGAACUGAACAAACUACAGUCAAAUGACAAGGGAUCUGUUCCACACACCAGACCAGUCACCCCACAAAAAGUAACCCACAACCAUGAUGAAGACUAUUCCGAUGAAGAAAGUGACCCAAAUGCUAAAAGUGAUGAAGAUCGAUUCAAUCAUUCGAGCUCCGACGAAAAAUGAAACACUAACAUGCACGAAUAUUUAAACAAAGUUCUAGAGGACAAUAGUUUUUGUAGACGAUGUUUAUUCAAUAUGUAAUCGUAAAACCAAAGACAGUACAAUUCCGUAAAGCACUUGAUUAUAUUCACACGCAACAUGCUUUUAGACUGUUUUCAACAUUGGUCUGAGACACAUAUGUUUAUCUCGUUUGCUUGGCAAAAAAAGUAUAUAUUUAAUUGAAGAAAAAAAAACCUGUAAAAUCGAUUUAUAUUGUAGAACUCGUUGAACUAUUUUGUGUAAGAUUAAUCAAAAACAAACAAGCAUUAAGAACGGUACAAAUUCAACGAAACAGAAAUUCAAUUUAAUUGUAAUUAAAGUAAUUGCAGUAGUUGUUGCUGUUUGAUUCUCUUCUGUUAUGUUUUUUUUUACUUUUUAUAACUGAAGUGUGCGUGGAGUUUUCGUAGAAAUAUAAAAUGGAUGAAACCUGGUA